GGCAUUGCUCUCAGAUUUCAUCUCUGGACUCUGAUCGUUCAAGUUUCAUCUCGAACGCCAAUCGUUGAAGCUGAUCGUUGAGCGGCGAUCAUUGAAAAUUUUCUAUCUCUGGAAAGUUUUAACAAGCAUUAUUCAAAUGGAACAUGAAGAGACUGAAGUCAUGAGGAAACGCAUGAAACUACCCGUGGAAGAAAAGGAAAUGAUUGUAGGAGAUGGGGCAGUUGUAGAGAUUGUAGAAGAUGAAAGUAAGAUCCAUGCUGCAUUAUCUAAACAGAUGGAGCUUGACGUCAAUCACAUUCUUGAAAAGAUAGAUCGCUUCACUCAGCUGGUAUCUGAGCUGUUGGAAUCAGGGAAGUCGCUUUUCAAGGAACUGAGUAAUGAAUUUGAAGAACGAAUGAUUUUAAUACAUAAAGAACAGAUGGAAGAAUGGCAGGAGGAGAUCAAGGAGCUGCGCUUGCUUGAUGCCUCAAAUGAGGAGAUCAAUUCUGUUUUGUACAAUGCUCGAUAUCUACUUCAGAAUGUUCAUAAUGACUCCUGAAGGUUAGGGCAAAACAUGAAGCAACAUGAAGCAUUGGGGAAGGUGACAAUGCUGCGAUGGUAGAGUAAUAUAGAGAACCAAUGCAGCCCGUUUUUCCUUUGGUAUGAUGAGAAAUAUUAUUGUUCAGUCAAUUUAGGUGUCCGGGCAACACGAAGGCACUGCAAAUUAAAGAUCACAAUGUUGUUAAAUGAUCUCUUAAUGUCUGCCCAACCUCCAUUCUUGAGGAUUAAGUCUUACCAUGAUUUCGACUCAAGUCUAAGAACUCUUCGGCUUUAUGAUCAAUCACAGGGCAGUAUAUAUAUUCUAUGUUGGUGGAAAACAGGUUCAUCAAAAUGGUUGAUUAAUUGAGAGUAAACUUGACAAAGUUCCUAUGGUUGUGAUUGCAAUUGUGCAGUACUCAAUCUUCUUCUUAAAAGACAUAAAUAUGUAUUCAUCUGUUGGCUUCUGGCUUGAUCGUUGAAGAAGACUUGAAUGUUUGUUCA